AUGUCGUCCGAGGUAGCAAACAUAGAGACUGCCGAGUCAGAAGCUGGCCCCAGCAACUUCUCACCGAAGCCGACCACAGGAAAGCAGCAACAGCCUCGCCAGAACAACCAGCAAAAGCCUCGCAACUCCCACAUGCCUCGCCUCACUUCCGAGCAGCUCCGCAGACGCUUGCACUACAUCGCCUCUGGAUCCACUGUCAUCCUCAAGAUGCCUUCGGGAAGAACAAAAGCUGCCGAAAUCAUGCCGGGCAAGCAGGUCAGUCUGGGCAAGUUCGGCAGCUUCAAAGCGGAUGACCUCAUCGGCAUGCCUUACGGGUUCACCUACGAGAUCCAACCUGAAAUUGUCUCGGCUUCGACAUCUGAGGAGGCAUCGAAGCAAAAUGGAAAAGGAGCCAAGAAAGGCGGAGCGGGCAACAGCAAUGCAGCAGCAGGAGGAUUGCUUAAACUCGUCAUCAAUCAUACACUCAACGAUCUCGAAACUGAAGCCAGCGAAACAGUCGAAACCACAGCCACAAACGAACACAUCAACGACGACGGCUCGGCACAAAAGCUCACCUACGUCGACAUUCAAGAACUCAAGAAUAGGGGUAUCUCGGGUCGAGAGAUCAUCGAACAGCAGCUCGCCAGCUCCGAGUCUUUUGCCAACCGCACCGUCUACUCUCAAGCCAAGUACGUUGCGCGAAAAGAGCAGAAGCAUCUCAAGCUCUUUACUCCUCUGCAACCUGACUUUGGCAACGUGUGCGACUUUUGGUUCGACAAAUCACCCGAAAAGAUUCGUUGGAUUCGUAAAGAUGCUCUCAGUCAAGUGCUCAGCUUCGGAAGCGUGAGAACAGGUGGACGCUAUUUGGUAGUCGAUGGCGUGUCAGGACUGCUAGUAGGCUCAGUACUAGAACGGCUCGGCGGAGACGGAACGGUGAUAGCAAUCAACGACGCCGAAUCUCCACCUGCAUUCGACAUCAUCCCUUACUUCAACUUGCCAGCCCAAGUGACCAAGCCCGUUCUCAAGAUCCUCAACUGGGCCGCCACCGAACCCGACUACGCACCUGUCUUCUCCAAUCAAGACAUCUCCACCGUCACCUCCACCACCUCGGAAAACCGAUCAGCAAAAGACAAACCACGCGAUCGCAAACGUCAAGCCAACUUCCGUGAAGUCGAUCGUGUCCGAUCCGAGUACUUCGCUGGUGACUUUGACGCAGUUCUCAUCGCAUGUCACUACGAUCCGAUGAGUAUCUUGCGCAGAUUGAAACCGCACUUGGGGGGGUCAGCAAGUGUGGUUGUUCACAGCCCAUAUCUGCAGCCGCUGGUGGAGGCACAUGCGAAAUUGAGAGGAGAUGAGGAGUUUAUCAAUGUUAGUGUGACGGAGCCUUGGUUGAGAAAGUAUCAGGUGUUGCCGGGUAGGACGCAUCCGGAGAUGACCACGAGUAGUACUGCGGGUUACAUCUUGCAUGCUAUGAGAGUGUUUGGCGACAAGCAGGCGCUGGAGAUGCGGAAGGAGUACUUCACAAGCUGGGAGGAGGAGAAGGAGCAAGCUAGGGAGGCGGUAGAGGAGACAAAGAGUGAAGAGCACACAGAUACUCAGGAAGAGAGUGCGGCUGAUGAGGAAGGGCGCGAUACGAAACGGGUCAAGACCGAUGAGACGACAGAGGCUCAAACCGCAGCAGCAGAGCCACAAGCUUAA